UGGAAGGAAAUAAUUUUCUGGCCCAUGGCAUCUGAGAUUGACAUAAUGAUUCAGCCAAACUGGGCACCUUCCAUUUUAAUGUAUUCAGUAUCUCUAGUUCAAUUUUGAGGAUAAUGUGGUGCUAAUGUUGAAGAAGUCCAUGUUUUCUGCGACAAUCUGAGGUGUUAAUAAGAAUGAUGAAGAUACCAUUACUAAGAAAUGCAAUAUAAAAUCAGCAGAGAUGAGGUAUGGCAAGAGUGCUUACAGCAGCAAGGUUGGGUUUUUAAAUAAGUGAAAUCUAAACUAGAAAUGAGGAAUGAAUAAUUUCAAUAGUAGUAGAGGAUAAAUACAAAUUUUGCUAGCACUUGUGAUUUUAUUCCUGUUAAGUACUGACCUUGAUUGUGCUAAAAUGUUGAACCAGUUGCCGGAAAUAGGCCAAAUUGAUCGUUUGCAGCAGAAUCCUGCUGGUGAACAUUUCAGGGAAAUGAGGAAACGAGGAGAGGAAGAAAAAAAAAGAUGAGAGUAGGUGAAAAAGAGGAACAGAUAUCUUUUUAUUUGGGAAAGAGGCCAUUUCCAUGCUUGCAGCUGUUGCCACUCAUAGGAUGUCUAACUAGAGAGAGAGAACUUAGUGGAGAAGUGACUCAUGCCCAGUUCAUAUUGCCAAUUAGUUUUGCUUGAAAGAUGAGAUGAAACAAAUGGGACCAUACAUAGAGGUCAACAACUGAAUCAUUUUUUGGGAGAGGGACCAAAUUGAUUUCUUAUUGCCUUGCUGACUACAGUUCCAAUUAGCCUGGAUCAAGCUUAAACAUGCCUUUAUGACAAAGCAGCCAGGAAAUGGAAAACAUGGAUCUAAUAGGUCAGAUGCAUAUCAGUUAUUAAAUUUAAUCUCAUUUUAAUCAGGAUUAAAAUACCUGUUAUCACUGCUUCGACUAAUUUUCUUCUAAGCUUGGCACUGAAGAGCAGAAGAAUGGACUUUUUUGGCAGUCUCAAAUCAUCUUCUAAUUGUUGACAGGGAAAUCAGGAGGUGAAGAAGAUACCAAGCAAUCUAAGAAUCCAGUAUCAAAAAAAGUAUCGAUCACAUGGAUUCCUGUAUCCAUCUGCCGACUCCGCCGACAUCCGUAGCGAUCGGUCAACAUGACAGGCAACGCGGUCUCCGCCUAACGGUUAAAUAAAGAUGGCCAAUGGCGAGAUCAUCGUCGUCCCCUUCCACGACUCCAGCCACAUCUUCCCGACCACCGAGCUUGCCAGCCGGCUCGCCUCCCGUGGUUACCGUGUCACCCUCCUCCUGCCGUCGGCUUCGUCCUCCUCCAGCGCCCUCCACCCUCUGAUCCGAAUCAUGGAGUACUCCAUGCCCCGACCUUCUGGUCCUCCUCCUCUUUUGCCAUCGUCGUCAUUGUCCUUGUCUUGCGCUUCCCCGAGGCCACACUCCCGGAAUGACUGCUCUGCCUUCCGUGAUCUUCUUGCCGAGCGAUUUAAUGGCAGCGGCGACGAUAUGUCUCCCCCGGUGUGCGUCAUCGUUGACGUGAUGAUGAGCCAGCUGCUGGAUGUCUGUGGGGAAUUCGGGGUCCUCGCGGUUCUUUUAUUCACUUCCAGUGCGUGCUCGACCGCCAUGGAUCACGCCGCGUCAAAGCUAUCGACGGCGGACCUCGGCCCGGGUGGAAUGGUGAGUGUUCCCGGCUUGCCAGAGGAGAUGGUUCUGACGGCCACCGAUCUGAUGAGUCAGGGCCCGCCACCCCUGCCUUUUGGAUCGGGGGAUCUUGCUUUCGAAGAGGUUGCGACUGGGGCGCAUGAUGCUGGGCCACCGCCUCCACUGGUUUGGCCGUCGCCACCGUUGCCCGGCCUCCAUGGACGUCCGCCACCGCCACCACCGGAUUUUGGACUUCAGUAUGUGCCGCUGCUUCCGCGUGGAUGGGGGCACCAAGAUGGUCCUCCACCGCCACCACCGUUCCAACCGGGGCAUCAAGCUCGCCUUCCGCCGACUCAAAGCCGAGGGGUUUCAGUUGUCCCGCCACCGUUUCUGCCAGGAGGCGGUUUUGCUUCACCAAAGCUUCCAUUCGGUGGAGGCUCUCCGCCUCAAGCUAAGCCAGCAACCCCGAGUGGCCCGCCGCUGUUCCGGCUAGGAGAAGGCGGCGGUCCAACCCCACCACCAGGGCCAUGGCGCGGAGGAGGCCCGCAACAUGACCUCGCAGAAACCAAGGCAGUCGCGCUUCUGUUCAACACCUGUGAUGCUCUGGAGCGGCCGUUCCUGGACUACGUCGCCGACGAAGCCAAGAAGCCGGUCUGGGGCAUCGGCCCUCUCCUCCCUUCCCAGUAUUGGUCCGCCACCGGCUCCGUCAUCCACGACAAUGCCAUCAGGCCCAAGGGCCGCGGAGACGGAGACGCCGCCAUCGCCUCCGAGACCGACGUCCUCGAGUUCCUCGACUCCAAGCCCCGUGGCUCGGUGAUUUACAUCUCCUUCGGGUCCCUGGUCGUCCCCAGCGACGCGGAGCUUGCAGCACUGGCGUCAGCCCUGGAGGAGUCGAGUCGGCCGUUCAUCUGGGCCAUCCAACCACGGGCCAUGAGGCACGACGCGGAUGGGCGGCCUGUGGAGGUAGGCGGCGGGGUGGGUUACUUCCCGGAAGGGUUGGCGGAACGGGCGGCGGGGAGGGGGCUGGUGAUCCACGGGUGGGCGCCGCAGCUCCUGAUACUAAGCCACCCAGCCACCGGGGGGUUCGUGACGCACUGCGGGUGGAACUCGACGGUGGAGGUGCUCGGCCGCGGGGUCCCCGUGCUGACCUGGCCGGUGCACGGGGACCAGGUCUGGAACGCUAAGCUCGUGGCGAGGAGGCUGAGGACGGGGCUGGCGAUCAAGGACGAGCGCGGGGCGGUGACGAAGGCGAAGGUGGCAGAGGCGAUCGAGCGGUUGAUGUCGGACGUAGGGACGAGGGAGCGGGCAGCGGCGCUGGCAGCAGGGCUGUUCUCGGGAGGCUUCCCUGCGAGCUCCGAGGCCGCUUUGGAUGCUCUGCUGGAUUUCGUGGCGGCGAAGUGCCAGAGAAAAUGAACCAGGAUGACCGUUGAGAUCUCCAUGACGGCAUGAUCACAGCCGUCGAUUAUACUUACGCUGUAAAAUGAUUACUAUAGCAAUCUAUAUUAUGCGUCUGUCUAUAACUAUAUUUAUUGUUA